AUUUGAUUUUUCUUGCAUCCUAGAGAUAGCAAUGGCUGACACAGACGAAAGUUCUUCUGCUAAGAAAUGGCUGCCUCUCGAAGCCAACCCUGAUAUCAUGAGCCAGUUCCUAUGGGGCUUAGGUCUGCCAGUGGAUGAAGCAGAGUUCUAUGACGUGUAUGGUUUGGAUGAUGAACUCUUGGAAAUGGUUCCGAAGCCUGUGCUUGCUGUGCUUUUCCUUUAUCCUCUUACAGCUGAGAGUGAAGCAGAGAGAAUGUCGGAGGAAGGGAGUGUGAAGAAGGAACCAAGUGAAAAAGUUUAUUUCUUGAAACAAACUGUGGGUAAUGCUUGUGGAACUAUUGGACUUCUUCAUGCAAUCGGAAAUGUAUCUUCAGAGAUUAAGCUUUGUAAGUUUCUUUUGAUUUAUUUUUCACAGAUGGCUAGGACCAUAUAUGUACUGUUCUUUUAUUUUUCGGGUGAGUAA